GUAUAAUUGUUACUCUAAGAUACUUGUAAACAUAAUUGAAUCAUGUUUCUCUUGGCUCUCUCGUUUUGAAUGUACAAAUAUUUUAAAGAAGGACACACUAUCAUCAACAAAACAAAAAUUGACCAUAACAAAUUGAAAGGUAUGAUCUUACAAUUUUUAGAAGUCUAAAACUAUGAUCUUGCUUGCUCCUGUGAAAAUUGAAGGAAAACGAGAUAAAGUGGGUAAAUUUGUCAUUUAGCUAACUAUGAAGAAGAUAUUCCUUGCGCAGCUGAAGCACAAGCCAAAAUAUUUUGUGGCAACGGUUCUUUGCGUGAAACUCAGCCAUCCCUUUCUCUUAUUUCUUCCAAGAAAUAAAAACGGUUCCUUGCUCUCUUUUCUCUCUUUGUAAUUGCAAUACUACAACUGAAAACCACCCCCAGAACAACGACAUUAACUACCAUACACAAACUUCGUUGAAAGCUAAAGCAAAAUCUUGGGUUAUAGUUAAUGGCUCAAUUCACCCUACAAGGACGUUUGAAGCCGCUCUUUCAUGGUGACGGGGUGGAACCAAAAGACCCUUUUCAUUACAAGCUUGUUAGCAAUGUUUUUGGUGGUUCUGGUGGGCUAAAAUCACUUCAAGUUCAUAAGGGUAGGCUCAGGUUUCUUGGUUCUACAGCUAGAAGACACCACUUUUCUUAUUCUUUGAAGAAAGGUAGCAAAUUUAAUGCAAAGGGAAGUAUGAAUGUGAGUGAUGAAGGAAUUUACGAAGAAGAGGAUUAUGACAGUGAGCUUGAGACUGAUGAAUUGGCUUGUUUUAGAGGUCUUGUUUUGGAUAUCUCUUACAGGCCAGUCAGUGUCGUCUGCUGGAAGCGUGCUAUAUGUUUGGAGUUCAUGGAGAAGGCUGAUGUCCUAGAGUAUUAUGAUCAAACUGUGAACUCCACAAGUGGAUCCUUCUACAUACCAGCCGUGUUAAGGGUUCCCCAUCUGCUGCAAGUUGUUAGGAGAAGAAGACUAAGAACCAAUCUCAGCCGCAAAAAUGUUCUAUUUAGGGACAAUUUCACUUGUCAGUAUUGUUCUGCUCGUGAGAACUUGACCAUAGACCAUGUUCUGCCAGCUGCGAGAGGGGGGGAAUGGAAAUGGGAAAAUCUGGUCGCUGCUUGUGCCAAGUGCAAUUCUAAGAAAGGUCAAAAAACUCUGGAGGAAGCAAGCAUGAAGCUGAUUAAGGUCCCCAAGGCCCCAAAGGAUUAUGACAUACUUGCCAUACCCCUAACAAGCGCAGCAGUAAGGAUGUUGAGGAAGAGAAAGGGGACCCCUGAAGAAUGGCGUCAAUAUCUCUCCCCUUCAUCAGAGCCUUAGACAUCCAUCUAUGCAGCCUGUUGUACAUUCUUACAUUUCUUACAUUCAUUCAGUGCUCACUGCUCACUUCUAAAUUGCAUCAAAAGUUGUCUCAUAUUUCGACUUUUGAUUCAUGGAAUGGAUGUAUUCAUGUCUAGAAAAUGCUUAACUUAGGUUUUUAUAUUCAUUUAGGAUUUCCUUUGGCAAUGUUUUAAGGCCAAACACUCGAUCCCCUAGAACUAGUUAUCGAUAGAAGUGUAUCACGUUACCGAUGAUCAAAUAAUCAAUGAUCAUUUCAAUAAAAAUCUCUAAUCUCUUUAAUUUUUGUUUUUAUUCGUGUGAAUAUGCUUCUUGAUCUUGUUGUAGAACUAGUCAUCGGUAAGAGCUACAUAGAGCUAACUCAAAACAAUUUGAAUGCACUGCAAUGUUCAUAUUUCCCUUUAUGGUUCCCCUGAAAAGAGACAAAGGAAAGAUAAUUGUAAUUCUGAAGUCAAAGAUAGAUGGCAGAAUCCAUUGACUCUAAGCAUCGUGGUAACAUGCAUUAAUAUGCUUGGAUAAGGCAUGUUUCUGUGAUCUUAUUUGCAUACAGCUCAAGCUCAACUAUCUCAUUCUUUCCUCAUCAAAAAUAUUUUGUAGUGCUAUAUAGUUAUUAUAAUCCAGGUUAAUAUAUAAGUCCAAAAGGAUGAUUCAAAGUUCAAAACCAAUAAAUUCAGGUUUUUAAAAUU